AUGUCCUGUCCCGACUGCUUUCGCGGCGCCGUCCACAACCACUCGGAGCCCACGGGCAAGAUCGAGACGGUCCACGGAAUCCAGGCGUAUGUGGCCGGCGGCAGCGACCCCGCGCGGUCCAAGUCGGCCAUCAUCUACCUGCCCGACGCCUUCUCGCUCAAACUGGUCAACAACAAGAUCCUGGCGGACAAGUACGCCGCCUCGACGGGCUGCCGGGUCUACAUCCCGGACGUGGUCUACCAGGGCGGCAUGCCCCCGGUCGUGCUCGAGAAGAUGGACCACCUGAUGGACAGCCGGUUGAGCGUGUUCAAUUUCCUCCCAAAGGUGUUCACCGCGCUCACCCUCAUCCCCUACAUCGUCCCCUUCAUGUACAGCGGCCACCCGAAGAACCCGUACCCGACCAUCCUCAAGUUCGCGCGCGACGUGCGCGCCGAGCUCCCCGAGGGAGGGAAGCUCGGCGUCUGCGGCUUCUGCUGGGGCGCGUGGCCGGCGACGAAGCUGUGCACGGAGACCACCGUCGAGGGUGGCCAGGAGCGCCUCAUCGACGCGCAGUUCAACGGACACCCGUCGUACAUCAGCGGGGAGCCGCAGAUGGUCGUGGACGCGGUCAAGACGUUCAAGGUCCCCUACGCGUCCGCGGUCGCCGAGAAGGACUUCCAGUUCAACGCCGACGUCGCCGCCAAGGUCGAGGCCCAGCUCCGCGAGGCCAUCGGCGGGAGCAAGGGCGACGGCGAGGACGGGUACGACUACGAUUUCCGCAUCUACAAGGGCGCCACCCACGGCUUCUGCGUCAAGGCCCGCGAGGUCGACAUGCAGAACUACCACGACGCCGCAAAGCAGGCCGCGGACUGGUUCAACAAGUUCCUGAACUGA